GUGGCGUCGCAGGCCGCCCUGGGCAGAUAAAACCACGACUGUUGCUCGGCUUGCUUGGUGCGCAGACGGCUGUUUGUUCUCAGUGUUUACAGUAUACAAGGACUCAACAGUCAACUUCAGUGUACAUACUAACAUCUUUUCGUAAAGUAACCCACAGGACGAUGAAUGGUAAGUCAACGAACGGUUCGGUGGGGGGAAUGGCCUGUAUCGAGGGUCUGCCCCCGCUGCCGAAGAGCCUGAGCGGCUUGCUGAACUCGAGCGGCGGCUCCUGGAGAGAAAUGGAGAGGAUGUACGUGAAGAAAGCCAUGAUCCAGGACGACCUGAGCCGAGGGAGGAACAACACCGACAACCUGCUGGCCCACAAGCCGGCCAACCUCGACGCUGCUCUGGCUCUCCUGCGGAAAGAGAUGGUGGGUUUGCGUCAGCAGGACAUGUCGCUGCUGUGCCAGCUGUGGUCGCUCCACGAGUCGAUCCAGGACUACAAGGGCAGCUGCCAGGACCUGAGCGCCGCCACCAGCCUCGGCAUGAUGGACAACGUCUACUUCGAUGAGGACGAUGAGUAUUACCCGGAGCCUGGCGCCACCCCCACCGGGGAACAGCCGGAUGGAGAGGUUGGAGACGGGACGGCAACAAUGGGAGCGUCCAAGAAUGGGAGCGUCGGCAAAGACGACAGCUGGGACUCCUUUCACGUCACCAUCUGAGGCCUCGUUUUCAGCGUUUUUCUGCAGAUGGAUACAUGUUUCUGGGGUGGGGUGGGGGGGUGGGGGGGACUUGAGUCUCUGGAAACCGUUUGCUUUCCAAGAAGGAACUAGUUGGUUAGAGGUAGCCUUUAUGGGAUGCCGUUACCAGACUAGACUCCAGCUUUCAGUUCAGCUCCUCCUCAGGUGAAACAAACCCCUGCUUGUGCUGCAGAAGUGUUUUUUGUUGUUUUGUUUCUUUGCAGCGGGACCAGGAGCUUCAUCAGACUUUGGAGCUGGGUGUUUUGACAGGCCGCUUGUUGACACCCUCUCAAACUCAGGAGUUGAGAUGGAUUGUAAUCC